AGUUUAUUUUUCUCAUUGUGAUUUAGAGGGGAGUGAAUUUGAAAGCAGAAAAAGGUUGCAAUGCCUCUCCGGAAGAAGAAAUCGCAUACGUCAAACGUCAUGGAUUGGUCAAAAAAAUCGGCCAGAGUUACUUGCAGAACUGGCACAAAGCUUUCAAAAGCGGAGUGCGCCUCUCCAGUGGAUUUGGAACUCCGUACGAUACAAAACAGAGGCGUGAACACUACCGAAUCGUCUUGUAAGUCCGUCAUGACGAGAAACGCUCUCGAAGCGACGGUCGAUGAGGUACAGACUGUUCGCAGAAAACCCCACUGCCAGGUCGAAACCGCGGCCACAAUGACUGACAAGAAAACACAUAAAAAACCCCGGAGUAGAAAGUCCAUAGAGAAGAGAAAUUCGUACAUGAAAGAGUUAAGAAGCCUUCUCCUAGGAGAUUCAGAAGACAACGAGGAUAAUUCAGAAAACGCCACUGACAGCACUGAUACUUUCAAAUUCGACGCGAACGAUUUCAACAGUUCCACGGAUUCUUUCAACAGCGACAACAGCUUCGCCUCCUAUGGCGACAAUCUAACAGAAACCGAUAGUUUAGACACUUGCACUUUUGAAACGACUUAUUUCAACGAUAAGGUUGAAAAUAACACAAACGAAGAAGUCUUAGAUAAAGACAAAACAGUCAUCAGUGAUAACAGCCCGGAAGAAAAACCCGAUUCGGUUAAAGACGCAAAGAGCCAAAGGGCUUUUUUGAUCCGAAAAGCUGCUUUAAAACAAGACCUGAUGGAAAAUAGUGAAAACUACGGGAAAAGCAAAACUAAACUGAGACAGAUAAUAAAGACAAAAGUAGAAAAGAUGUUCGAUGGCUUGGCCGAAGACAAUUUUCAAACAUUCGAGGAAUCAGCCGAGGACAAGUGCGAUAUUUCCAACCAGGCUUUUUCCUCUUUGAAGUCUAUCCUGGAGACACACGUCGACAGGAUCGCACAUAGUAUGAUCAACGAAAACUCGACAGACGGGAAAGUAGAUGAGGUUGAAAAUUCAGAAGAUACCGACCCGGAUGUUGAAGAAUCUUUCAAGUCGAUAGAGAGAAAUUCCCUCUCACUCAACAAUCUCAUAGAUUAUGUUAUGAUGGUCAAAAACAGUUUAGGAGAACCUAUGUUACACAGUAAAAAUAAAAAUUUAGAAAUGAUAGAUCUAUUAAAAGAUCUAGAAAAAACUCCUGACUCUUCAGACAAAUCUAGUUUAAACGUACCGAACGUAGUGAAUAAACUAUCCUCUGAAUCAAAUCUAUCAACGCUCAGUGAUAUUUCGAUUAAAUCGAAACACUCAGACAUAGAUGAUAUUUCAUUUGCAAAUGUUUUAAAAGACGUCGAAACAGGCCGAGAUUGUAUGAACAAGCUUUCAGACGAGCUUUUAGAAGAAUUUUGCAUGGAUCCGUUAAAUUCACCGGGCUGUUCUUACAUGUCUAACGAUUUUCAUUAUAAGAUGGUAAAUCCUGGAAAUUCUGACUAUACUAAAAUCGACCGGUUAAGCAAAGUUUCGGCUAAGUCAACGGAGAAUAGUGUAAAAACGAAAUGCAAUGAAGUCAACAGGUUUCUUCACGAAAGGACGAAGACGAGCGUGAUGAGAGACAACAGGUCGCAAAGGAUUGGCGUAAAGCCGAUUAUCAAGGAAAGAAUGGAAAACCGGACCAAACAUAACCAAUCAAAGGUUGAGACGAAUAAUCGCGAAAUCAAAAGACCAGCGACUGAAAAGUGUUUCAAGGAGAACAAAACAAAAAUGGCGAAAUGGAAAAGUGAUUCGACUAUGGGCUUUGUGCCCACAGCGCCCGUGGAUUCGAGUCCUACGAUCGCGAUAAACACCGACGAAGAUCAAACACCGAAAGAUUUCACAAUCACUGGGUUAUCGGCUCAAGUCUGCGACGAUGAGAAAUCUGGAGUGGACGAAAAGGUGAAAAAGAGUACGGAACUGGUACAAAGCGAAACUUGCAGGACCGAAAGAAACGAGGCAACGAGCCAAAGUGAAACGAUUUUCAAUCGGGACGGGUGUUUCGGUUCGCCCGAAGAAGAACAGAGACGGAACGAAGAACAAAAUCAACAUUUCAAGAAAAAUCCACGAGUGCCAUUGAAACCCCCGUUAGAGGCCAGACCCCGGAAAAAGCGUACGAACCUGACCGCCGGAGGGACGAGGGAUAAGAAUUGGUUCGGAGUAAACGCGCCCAAAGGCGACACCCGGAAGAACGUGACCCAGAGCGAAAUGAAUGUCAAAAUUCGUACAGCGAAGAUGUCACCCUGGAAAAGCGAUCCGGGUAUCGGCCAAAGGCUCUCCUUGGAUACGGGACCUGUAGAAAGAAACAGCGAAGGAAGUCAAGUACAGAAUCAACCCCAAAGUCCCAAUUCGAAUGAAAUGGACGCCGAGGGAUCGCAAGCGUUGCUUUUCAAGGCGGUCGACAAGGAGGAAUUUGAGAAAAUUGAAAGCCCUUUACGUGAAAAGAUAGAAGCAGUGCUUAACGAACACAUAGACGGUUAUUUAACGGCCAAAGCGUGCUUUGUCUCCACAAAAAUAUCUCAAGAGGAGAAGAUUAAAGAUUUAGAAGAGCAGGUGAAAAAUGUCAAGCAGGAAAGAGACGAUUAUAAGAUUAAAUUGGAUGCUUUGACGACGCAGUUUGAUGAGACGAGCAAAAGGCUUGCGGUUACGAAUGUCCAGGUUAACAAGUUACGCGAGGAGGUUCAGCGGUUGGAGAAGUCUGUCGAAACUGUACGCCAUGAAAGGGAUGAGGCGGUCGAUGAGAAGCAGAUCGCUUCGAAUGCGCUCGAGAGACGCGAGAUGGAAUUGGACCGGCUACGGGACAGCGUAACCGCCCUUAACGCUGACCUGAGGGUGGCUGUGGCCGCUCGCUGUGAAGCAGUGUCGCAAGCUGAGGAUGUACAGGCCAAACAACUGGAACUGGAGUUUAAGGAAAAACGAUUUGAAUCGGAAAGGACUCUCCUGAACCAACAAAUCAUCCAAUUGACAGCUGAUCUAGGAAGAGCCAAUGAUGAACUCAUGAAGCAACGCCGUGAAGCGACGACAUCAAUGAUAGCACUCCAGACAAAAAUUACUGAAAAGGAAGAAGAGUUGAAAAUCUCCAAGGAUCAAUUUUCGAAACUCCAAGAAAUAAAUAGCGACAUGAUGGACAGAUUGGAAGAGCUUGGAAACAAGUUGAAGACGCAGGUCGAAAAGGAGAACGCGAUAAUUACAAACUUUGAAUCAGAGGUGAAGUCGCAGACGAAGUUGGCGGACUUGUACAAAGAAAGGCUUGAAGAGUCCGAGAACAGGUCUGUCGAGCUGUCCGGCGCUGUGAAAGAACUCCAGCGACUCUUGCAAGAGGCGUCCGAACAGCACGGCAUACUCGAGACGAAACUUUCCCAACAGGAGCAAGACACGAAAGCGACAUUAAAAGCGAAGCAAGAGGCGAUAUCGGCUCUCAAAGAAGAACUGAGACACGCGAAUAUUUUACUCGAAGCCGUGAAGCAAGAAUCGUCCGAAGCCGCCGUAAGCAGGCUCUCCCCUAUGGCAGCGUCUGCCAGUAAACUCUUAAAAUCGGGCCUUACGCUCACCCAGCUGUAUACAAAGUACGCUGAAGUAUCGCAGGAACUUAUCGUUUAUAAAAACGAAAACGAACACAUGAGAGAAUACAUGGCUAAAGUGCUCGAUGACAUCAAUGAAAAAGUCGCUGUUUUGAAGAAGCAAGAAGAAGACUAUACAUAUGCCGUUGAAUCGAUGGAAAUGCUAAAUAAAAAAGUGGAAGAUCUCGAAUCAGAACAAUCUAAACUUAUGAAAGAAAAAGGAGAAGCUGAGGCGACCGCAGCGUAUCUUCUUAGAGAAAACAAAAGACUGAACGGGAGUGUGUCAGACCUAGGACGUCAAGUUUGCUUUUUAUUACGUGAAGUAGAAGCCGCCAGGGGCAAUCAUGUCCCGUUGCACGAUGAUCCGGAAAAAUCUAAAGCCGAUGUCGUUACAACAUCGGAUGUUAUUUCUAAACACUUGGUGACAUUCAGCGACAUCCAAGAGCUCCAGCUGACGAACCAGAAACUCCUCGCGGCGCUAAGAGAGAUCAGCCAAGACAAAGAAGAAGUCGAGAUGGGCCGCGAGAGCGAGCAGGUCGUCGAACUCAAAGGAGAAAUUGAAAGGGCCAAGGCAAAAGUGACAGACUUACAAGAAAGGGAAAAAUUCCUCGAGAAAGAACUUGAAGUGAUUAAAAGUCAGAGAGAUGUUUACCAACGGCUGUUUAAACAACAGAACAAAGGACAGACUGAUGAGAACGGUGCUGCAAGCGUCGACGAGCUUCAACAGAAAUCAGACUCGCACUCAAACGUACCCGUAGGCGAGACAGACGAUGUUAAAACUCUCAAAAACAUGCUUGACGAGUUGAAGCGCGAACAGGAGAUCUAUCGCAACGAGCGAAAUACCAAUGAAAAAAUGCUCAAUGAGAGUUUGUCCAAAGUGAAAGAAGAAUUGAGCGAGUCGAUCAAGGCGUGCUCUGAAGCCGGUGCGCGCGCUGUUUACAUGACGGAAAAAUGCAAAGCUCUCGCGAAGCGUGUCCAGUCGCAGGCUGUUGAACUGGAAGCGUCCGAGAAACGUUGCGCCAAUUAUGUCGUUACUAUCGGCAAACUCGAAACCAACUUAAAAAAUACAAGAGAUGAAGCUUUAAACGCGUUAAAUAAAUUAUCAGUGACUGAAGUUACUCUAGCUAACGUACAACAGGAAAAUCAAUUGUUAAAGGACAACGAGAGAAGGAUGCAGAUGGAAAGGAACAUCAAUCGUAAGGAAAAACACGGCCAGGAGCUGCUUAUGGCGAACCUUGAAGCUCUUAAAAUGAAAUUUGAAAGUUCUGAAGUCGAAGCGAGAAUGAGGCUUGAGAAAAGACUAGACGACGCGAAUGUCGAGUGUACGUCGUUGCGCAGGAGGCUCCAGGAAGAGCAGGACAGGCUGACGAGGAGGAUCGAACUACUCGAGGAACAGAUGAAAACGGCCAAACAGCGCCUUGACGAGGAGAGAAUGCUCAAAGAAUCGAUCGCUCAACAGCUUGAGCAGGCGAGGCAAGACGUGAAAGAAAGGGAAGAUCGUAUCGACGAGAUGUCGAAUCAGCUCACGUCGGCGAUUAACAAAUCUCAGCCUGUGCUCGACAGAGAAAAUAAAAUCAAGGAGUUAGAGAGCCAACUGCGCCUGAAAGAAUCUUCAAUCGAAGGGCUCAAUGAACAGUUAACCAUGGCAAAAAAAUGUCAACAGGAAUUUUCAGAAGUAUCGCUCGGUAUUGAGAAACAGUUGACUGAAGUGACUGAACAAUAUGAACAGCACAAAGCCGAAUCUGACAAAACAAUUUCUGAAUUAACAAAAGCCAAUGCGGAUCUUAAAGCAUCGGUUCAUAAUCUUGAAAUAAAGCUCAAGACUUCGAACGCCGCGGAGACUGAAAGUCGCGUCCAGAGGGAGGCCGAAGUCACGAGCUUGAGGAGCCGUGUCGAGGCGUUGAACAAAGAAUUGGACAUCGCUAAAACAAGCCUCGCAGCCGUCGAAAAAGAGGGACAGGAAGCUACGAGACGGGCGAGUGACGCUCAAGAAAAAGCCUCAUCGCAAGUCUUAUUAAACGACAAACUUUUAACGGAAAUGGACCAGCUUAGAAGCGAACUUUCAGACGUGAAAGCUGAACUUGCGACGAUGACGGGCGAGAAGGACAGACUCGUUCAGACGAAUCAACUCGAAAAGGAAGCGAUGCAAGUUAAGAUCGAACAUUUGGAAUCGGCCGCGAAAGCGAGCGACGAGAAGAUCGCCGAGCUUACAAAGUUGAACGACCUUCUCCAAGACCAGCUCCAAGAACUCGGGCUCAAAGUGUCCAUCUUGGACAGUUCGAAGAGCGUCGGGAUGGAGGACAUGCUCGAAAACAGCCUCUCGAGUGACACCGUGAGGGAAUCGGACAAAAUGCUAGAGGUCAUGAGGUUCUUGAGGAAGGAGAAGAGUCUGGCCGUAACACAGGCUGAAUCGCUGAAAGCCGAAAAACUGCAAAUGCAAGCCGAGGUUGAAGUAUUAAGAAAACAGUUGGAAGAAUCGAGGAAAGCUCUUGAGACUGAAAGGCAGUCGAGCGACACCCCGUCUAUCGCUGCGGAGAGACAUGCACAGCUCUUAAGCAAGGUUGAGACUUUAAAUCAACUCACCGAGAACAACAAAUCACUGCGUGAGGACCGCGACAGGCUAGCGAAAAGGUUAAACGAGGUCGAAACUGAACUCAAGACAUUGGAUGAGACCGUCGUCAACCCGUCUAGGAAAAAGACCAGCGAGCUCGAGGCAGUCGUUGAACAGCUCCAGACAGAAAUCACGGCCCUACGGGGCGAGAAUAAACGUUGGCAGGAUCGUGCGAACCAGCUGAUCGAAAGGACGAAUAAAAACCCGGACGAUCUCAAACGGCUGACUCAAGAGAAAGAAAACCUGACGAAACAACUCGGCAUCGAGCGAGACAUGUCGAAAUUGGCGAAGCAGAAGGCCGACGAGCAGAUCGCCCAGUUGAAACGCGAGAAGGACGAUUCAUCAAACACGCUCGUCAGCCUUGAGAAACUUUUUAACAGCGCUAGAGCCGAUCUCACCACCGCCAAAGAAUCUGAGGCUAAAGCCAAUGAAACAGUGGCCAAACUUGAACAGGAAGUCGGAACUCUUAAAGCCCAACUUACCGAAAUAACCAGCAAAGAAGUUCAGAUAAGGCAAAUAGCUAAAAAAUACAAACUUCAAUAUCAACAGUUAUUGACUAAUUUCGAGGAGAAAAAUAAAGCAGGGCCUUCGACUUCAGAGGCUGAAGAGAAGGUGAAGACCCUCACGGAACAGGCUGCCGGAUUGGAAACUGAAAAUGAGACGUUGAGACGUGAAAACGAGUCGCUGAAGGCGAGUGUCGUUGAAAGGGAAGAGAGGGCGAAAACACUGUUGAAAAACGCUCGUUCUCGAGUUCAACACCUCCAGGAAGAGAACAAAACUCUUAUCAAAGAGGUUGCGGAAUCUAGGUCGAGACGAGGUGACACGACUACUCCGGCAGAGAUGAGAAUCUACGAAAACAGGAUAUCGAGGUUGGAAAAGGAAAAAGAGGAGGAGACGGCGGAAAAGGACAGACUCGGAAGGGAACUCGAGGUCAUGACGCAAAGGAUGAACUUGAUACAGCGCCAAUUAGACAAGCAGCAGGUUACCAAACCGUCGACAAGCAGUGGCGAAAAAAUGUCCAAUGAUCCGCCGACGGCCAAUAUAAAACCGAUGGCUGGCUUGUCGGCACCUACGACGAAACAAAUCCAGCCUCAACAAGCCGUCACAGUCACACCUUGGAGAGAAACUCCUUUCGCAAGCAUUCGGCCGAUGUCACAGCAGGCCAGAACUGUCGUUGUACUUCCCACUAGUCAAUCGUCAUCAUCCAAUCAACCGGUACUGGUUGCACCUCAACAGCAGGUUGUGCAUACAAGCAGUAACUGCGAAGGACUCUCCUCUUCACCGACUUCCUCGCACAUUGAUUGCAUGCCUGCUAGCAGUUCAGCAGUACACAGUAUCCACCAAGCGCAGCAUACAGUUAUUAUAGGACAGCAUAUGGAAGCAGAAGGUGUCGGCUGUGACGAAAUGGCAUCCCAGCCUCCGACACACCACGUCCAGCCGAACCCCAAUGUCUCCAUUGCACUCGUCCUUCCUCAGCCGACGCCGCAACAGCAAGAUCAAGAACAGGCUGAAGCAGUAUCAGCAGAGAAUAAUGGCGUCGUUUCGGCGUCGAACGAGGAACAAGAGUCGGAACAGUCGGUCUCGGCUUCGAAUCACAGCACGUCGGUCGUCGGCCCAACUUACUACAGGUCGGUCGACGAGUCGAGCGGUCCUGUUGCAUCGAGCCAAGCCGAAGGUUCAAGCAGUAGUAUGGCUUCAGUAGCGGCAAGCAGCCAACAGGCUGCUAGCAGCACUACAUCAGUCACGACUUCAGUAGCACCGGCAGUAAAACGCCCGAUGACUAGUCAAGAAGAUUCGGACUGUAAACACCUACCCCCUAAUAAACGAGGCAGGAUGAUGACGACUGGAGAGGGAAGCGGAGAAAUGCUCCUAAGGGCGGACGGUCUCGAGGUGGAGUAUCAAGUUCCAACGAGUUCGCAGAGAGACCAGGAAGACGACGUGCUCGUGAUAAGCGAUGAAGAUGAUAUGCCUGAUGACGGCGUGAUGGAAGAUGGUCAAGAAUUCGAGGAAGAGCCGGAAGAAGAAUCGAGAUACCUUAUCGACGCUUACGGCCAGGACGGACAAGAUAUGGCCAUGACUAGCUACGAAGAAGGCGACGGACCUGACAUCGAUGAAGGUUCGACGACUGACCAAGAUAACAAUGAAGUCGACAUUAUAAAUGAUAGCAAUGAAGUACCGAAUCGAUGUGAAAGCAGUCAUGGCGGAAGUAGCGCAGAAGGUAGUGGCAGCGGGAUGGAAGGCGUUGCGACGACGGGGGGAGGUGAAGCAACCAGCUCUUUAGGGUCGACGACAACCAGCCAAUACCAAGUAAGCAGAAGGCCACCGAGCGUUCCCGUAAGGCAUCACAUGAUUUUGAGUUAUGAAGAUCCUGGCGAUGAUUCUAUUGUACCCUCCACCCCGACACUGUUCGUUCCAAGACGUACCGACGGAUAUGGGGAAGCUGUGUCGUCACCACAUGUACCAACAGCUAGAUUCACAUUCACCGACUCUGGCACAUCCAACUCCAGUCGUCCUCCAGUCGCAGGCGUGGCGCAGGUAGCGUCUGAAGGCAUGGAUGACACGAGAAUGGAUUUGUCACAGUUGGACGAAGGUACUGGGCGUAGUGUACCAACCACGCCUUCUCACGUUUCUCCUCAAGAGCCGAAUCCUUGCGAAAUCGGACAGAGUUCAGUUCAAGAUCUUGCAGUUCCAGGCGGAAGCGAAACUCAGGAGUCGGGGAUUACAAGCGACCCGGCUUCCGAGCAGCAGAACGACACAAACAACGACGACAACGGGGACGGCGUGAGUAGCGAGACGGAGAAACCGCUUUCGAAUUCGCCAGCUACAAUAGCUUCUCCGGACCCUGAAGAAGAGGGCAGAGAGGCGGAAGCGAGUCCGACGGCUAGGUCUUCGACGUCGUCUAACACCGUGCAACCAGCAAGCCCUAUGAAUCCGAGGUCGUCCAGCUCAACUAGCUCAGCGCACCAGCAGGGCCACAACCAACACCUUCCGCAGAAGCGCAACCGACAUCCCAAAUCGACCCCGACCCGCGCCAACGCUCCGACGCCGAUCGUUUGGGACACCACCGAGCCGACCGUCUCCAUGGCACCUAUGAGAGAGGUUUACUUUUCUGGCAAUCAAAACCGCAACCUCAAUCAUAGAAACGUGAUGGGGAGGGGCAUCGGUUCGAGCGGUAACCUGAUGGAAUUGCGCAACACGAGCGGACGUGGCUUGCGGCGGCUCAGAGGACCCAACCUGACCUACCAUUCAUUCCAUCUCAGGGGUUCAUUUCAGAACCAGCCGCGGUGAUUGUCUGGCUUUUAUUCAGGCACGGAUGUAAAUAAAAGUUUCUUAUGAUAGUUGAAACAAUUUCUUCUUUUUUUUCUCUCUUUUAUUUCUCUUGCUUUUAUUUUGUAUGUAUGCUUACACUUAGUGGAAAUUUAGGCCAAGGAUUUCAUAAAUAUAUAAAUAAAUGUUAGAAUAAAAAUAAACAGCUUUUUACUUUUUACA